AUGGCCGACAUGUCGAUACAUACGAAUCAACGCCCUGAACACGAAGGGGAUACUUUCGACGAUGCCCUCGAGAUAGCCGAAAUCCAGGAGAACACUUUGAACGUCGCCAUCCCUCAAUCUACUUCCACCCGAUCGUUGACUGAUAGCCCUCCAAUCGGCUCACAUCCCUCUCCGGACAUGACAGAGAAGCCUCCGUUGCCUUCUGUAUCGCAGGACGAACAGAUGACCGCCACCGCUGAGGAGCAGGACAAGGAUGGCGAGGGGCAAAAUGGGAACAACGACAAGAAGAAUAAAAAGAAGAAAAACAAAAAGAAGGGGAAGACAAAGGAUGACGGCGUUGAUACCAACGAUGAGACCACCUAUGAGACCACCUACGAAACGAGCGACGAGGUAAACGAUGCGACCGACAAGCCCACAAACGGCGAUAAGCCGGAGCACGGGUCUGAGGUUACACAGACAGAGGAGGUAGACAAGCCCGAGCAGGAUCGCGGUCAGAGCCCACUGCAGAAGUCGCCUCUACUCACAUCGCACCGGUUAUCUACAGGAUCGCUCGACCAACUCGACGAGGUGAACUUGAUGAAAGAAGACGAGCAGUCGGAUAAGCCACGAAGCCCAAGGGAUAAGAUGGAGGCGCCUCCUCUGCCUCCCAAAGACGACGCAACCACACCUGCCAGCGCUGGGUUGAUGGGGUUGUCGGGCAGCUUGCCCUCGCUGCCUUGGGGUGCCCCUCCAGUGAACAAGAAUCCACCCCCUGUUCCCCCACCGCCCCCUACACGAAAGCCCAGCGGUCCAUUUGGAUGGUUCUCUCGAAGCUCUAGCUCAACGAUUAAGGACGCCAAAUCUACGCCUCAAUCCAGCCGACGCAAUACUGCCACCUCCGUAUCCACCCUUGCCAGCAACCUAGAACAGGCCGCUCGUGAUGGCGACGACGUUUCGAGCGUCGGUUCCAAGAAACCGAGACGGAACAGUUUGAAGGACCAAUUUAAGAUGCUGCGCUUGCGCGAGGAGAGCCAGGCACCCGAGCUUGAUCAGACGAGUGUACGAUCGGGUCAGGCUAGCAUUAACCACUCUGGGGCUAGUCCCCCUAUCAUUCCAGAGGAAGGGGAAGGUGGCAUCUUGGCAGCCACAGGAGCAACCUCGCCUACGAAUGUUGCUCCCAGAAGAUCUGGCUCUGUGGCUGAUGCUUCCACCCCAGUAGAUUGGGAGUUGUGGCAGCAGCUCGUGAACAAUGGACCCCAGGCCUUGGCGGGCUCAGAAGAACUGAACGCUGCCAUCAAACGAGGCAUCCCUCAGACGAUUCGGGGUGUCAUUUGGCAGAUUUUGGCGGAUUCUCAAACUGCUGAGAUGGAGGACAUCUACCGAGAGCUUGUGGCGCGUGGCACAUCACAAGACAAAGAGGGACGGGUCAAUGGCACUGAACCUAUGUCUUCACGUUCCUCCGUUCGCUCGCACCACUCGGGAUCCGGCUCUGGGUCUAGCAGCGCUACACCUAGCCCGUCCCAAGAGGGGGAUGUCGAUAAGUUGGCCAAGGAACAGACCUUCAACGAAGCCGACCGUGCCAAGAAAUUGAAGACUGAUGCGGCCGCACUACAGAAACUGGAGAAGGCUAUCAGGCGAGAUCUGGGGGCUCGCACUAGCUACGCAAAAUACUUUGUCUCCCAGGGUAGCCAAGAAGGUCUCUUUGGGCUGUGCAAGGCAUAUGCAUUGUACGAUACGGGAGUUGGAUACGCACAGGGAAUGAAUUUCAUUGCCAUGCCGUUGUUGUUCAAUAUGGAUGAGGUCGAUGCUUUCGCCAUGCUGGUCAAGCUGAUGAACAAGUACUCCCUGCGGGAUAUGUUCAUCCAGGAUAUGCCUGGCCUCCACCGAAGCCUGUACCAAUUCGAGCGGCUGUUGGAAGAUCUAGAACCUGCUCUUUAUUGCCAUCUUCGCCGCCGUGGCGUCCCUCCUCAGCUCUACGCCACCCAGUGGUUCUUGACGUUAUUCGCCUACCGUUUCCCGCUACAACUAGUGCUUCGAAUCUACGACUUGAUUUUCGAAGAGGGAUUGGAGACCACUAUCCUUAAAUUCGGUGUUGCUAUUAUGCGCCGGAAUGCAGAGACGCUCCUCGGGAUGAAAGAUAUGAGCGCACUUACUACAUUCCUGAAAGAACGCUUGUUCGACGCCUAUAUUGAUAAGCAACCGUCCACCUCGUCGAUCCUGGAGUCAGGCUUCUUCGGAAGCUCCGGUGCUGCCGAUAAGGAAAUCUAUCGAUCCGACAUCCUGGUGCAGGACGCCUGCGCCAUUCCUCUAACCCCCGAGAUGCUUGCCACCUACACAACUGAGUGGGAGGAGAAGUCUCGAACAGAGAAGGAGCGCGAACUCGAGCUCGAACACUUACGGCACACCGUGAGCACGCAGGGAGCGCGUGUCCGCCUGCUGGAGGAACGUGCCGAAGCCUCGGACAAGGAGCAUGUGCAGCUGGCCUCUGAAUUGGUGCAUGUCAAGGUCGAAAAUGAGGAGCUGCGCGACCUCAACGAUGCACUAACUCUCCAGGUGGCUGAACUUAAGAAUGUGGUCGACAAACAGCCAGCCGAGGUGGAGGAGAAGCUCCGCCUAGAGAUGGAACGAAUCAUGAAGCGGAACAUCGAAGUGCAAAAUGAGAACCGUGCAAUGGAGGAGUCAAUGACGGAGAUGGAGAAGGAGUUGGUUGCCACGAAGAUGAAGUGGGCAGAGAUCUCCGAGAACCACGAAAACCUCCGCCAGAAAUGGAGCGACCUUCGUCGUGCCCUGGACUGA